AUGGAGCGACAGCGGCAUUUUAAGGAAACUGCCACGGGCGGUCUCAUCUUCGAGACAGUUUGGGAGGAUGCUGUUCAGAAGAGCUUGACAGGUGGCAGCGCUUUGCUCAUUGCCUAUGGGCCGGCAGGCUCUGGCAAGGGUCAUAGCCUGUUUGGCAAAGACGGGCUUAUCAUGAAGACGCACGAAUACCUUGAAGCGGAGCUGGCAAAGAUCAGCGCCACUUUGUGUGUGGAGUUUUUUGAGAUCGAGCAGGAAUUGGCGUACGAUCUCCUGGCCGAGGACACAACACAACGACACCGUGUACGCUGGGGAAAAGACAUGACGAAGGUUGAGGGAGUGGAGCCUUACAUCAUGGACGUGAACACCGCCUUGCUGAAGGGCCUCGAGGGACGAAACAAGCGACGCGAAGUGGGUUCAGGCCCUCCCAGCAUCAGGACGUCGCAAGUGUUCAACAUCCAUAUCUUCUUGGAGCACUGUGAAGUUCCAUCUCUUCUGCAGUUCCUCCGCUUGCCGGCCUCUGAUCCGCCCCGACGCCCAGAGAGUCUGCACUUCGAUCACUUCAGUGCCAUGUCCAAGUCCUUGGCGUCCGUGUCAUCGGUUCUUGAACGCCUCCAGCCGCGGGAAAAGCCAAGCCUUGUUCCUUGGAGGGAGUCUGCGGUGACGAUGCUUAUGGCCAAUGUCUUGCGCCGCGAGUUGCCACAGCUGGUGUGCCUGGGCACUUGCUCCGGUGCGGAUGAAGAGACCUGGUCCACUCUGCGGUUUCUGCGACGCGCGCGCUGCGCGUCCUUGGAGGCUUCGAAAAGAAGGCCACCAUAA